AUGUCACUGGUUAGAGAACUUGUAGUGGAUCCGUUCAGGAGACUGAAAUGGGGGUUCAUUCCCGUGAGAAGAGUUGUGGAGGACGACGUGGAAGAAGAUGAGGUCGAUGCCAAAGUCGAAACGAACUCAUCGGUAACAUCGAGCUCUGAUCUAGCGAAAAAUGGCAGCAGCAAGACAGAAGAAGAUGCCCACUCGGAAACGUACGAGGUUUCAACACUAGAAGGCGGUCUCGAAUACGAAUAUAGAGACGAGGCUGACCGUAAAUGGUACAAGUUCUUCGACGAACAAGAGUACCGUAUUAACAAGCAGCAAAACGAACAAUGGAAAUGGUACCAUUGGUUCGCACCUGACAUGUCCACCAAGGAGAAGAAGCUGCUACUCAAGCUGGACGUGCUUCUCGCUUUCUACUCGUGUAUCGCAUACUGGGUCAAGAAUUUGGAUACUUCGAACUUGAACAAUGCGUAUGUGUCAGGCAUGAAGGAAGAGCUGCACUUCAAGGGAAACGACUUCGUGAACACGCAAGUCAUGUACACGGUCGGUAAUAUCAUCUUCCAAUUGCCAUUCAUCUUCAUAUUGAACAAGAUUCCAUUGAACUACGUGCUGCCCACGUUGGACUUGUGCUGGUCGCUGCUUACCGUGGGUGCAGGCUACACCCAUUCCGUGAAACAGUUGAAGGCUAUCAGGUUUUUCAUUGGUGUUUUCGAGGCACCAUCGUAUCUAGCGUACCAGUACUUGUUCGGGUGCUUCUACAAGCACGACGAGAUGGUGAGACGGUCCGCUUUCUAUUAUUUCGGUCAAUAUGCAGGUAUCUUGUCGUCUGGUGGUAUUAUGUCUGCAGUUCACACCGCAUUGGAUGGUGUUGGUGGGAAAUCCGGCUGGAGAUGGAAUUUCAUCAUCGAUGGUGUCAUAUCGGUCGCAGUUGGUAUCUUAGGGUUCUACAUGCUUCCAGGCGAUCCAUACAACUGUUACUCGAUCUUCCUUACCGACGAUGAGAUCAGACUCGCUAGAAAGAGACUAAGGGAAAACAAAACAGAGAAAUCGGACUUCCACACCAAGUUCUUCGACAAAGAAGUUUGGAAGAGAAUCCUAUUCGACUGGAAGAUUUAUGUGUUAACUCUCUGGAAUGUGUUCUGCUGGAACAACAACAACGGGUCUUCUGGUGCGUUCUUGUUGUGGUUGAAUUCGCUAACGAAAAAUGGCGGCACAGAAAAGAGAUUCAGUAUAGCCAAGAAGAACCAAUGGUCCAUGAUUACACCAGGUCUUGGUAUGGUUUACUUGUUCUUGACUUCUUUGUUGGCAGACAAGGGCCACACUAGAUGGGGUGCUAUCAUCGCUACCCAAGUUUUCAACUUCACCGGUAACGUCAUUCUUGCCGUUUGGGAUGUGCCAGACGGUGCAAAGUGGUUUGCUUUCAUGCUCCAGUACUUUGGCUGGGCCAUGGCUCCAGUUUUAUACUCGUGGCAGAAUGAUAUCUGUCGUCGUGAUGCCCAAGCAAGAGCUGUCGUGUUAGUUGUAAUGAAUAUGCUCGCUCAAACAUCUACGGCUUGGAUUUCGGUGUUGGUAUGGAAGACUACCGAAGCUCCAAGAUAUUUGAAGGGUUUCACCUGGACUGCUGUGUCGUCUUUCUGUUUGUCUGUAUGGACAUUCGUUGUGUUGUACUACUACAAGCGUGAUGAAAGAAGAAAUGCGAAGGAUAACGGUAUCAUCCUGUACAAUUCCAAGACGGGGGAUAACUAUCCACCACAGAAGGCUAGUAAAGAGGAGGCUACUGCUUAG